UGGUGACGUCACGUAUCUCAACACGGUUAUAACUAUGACCGCUUGGAAGGGUUAGGUUAAUACCAUUUAGGAACGGUAAUUACCGUUAGACCGCUUGGAAUGGGUUUUUUUCUCGAACGUCGCUGUCAACUUUGACAAAUCGUCACCCUAAUAUUACAAGGUUGUAUGUAACAUUUCCAGGGAAAUUUGGUUUGUAAUAUCACAAAGUUCCAUGUGGUGAGCCCUACACUAUAAUUUUGAAAAUAAAUUUAAAGCUCACAUAGAACUCUGGUAAUAUAAGGAAAAUCAAAGGUGUAUACCUAAUAUUAUGACAAAUGGAUAUAUCAUAGUUGUAAGUUAAACAUAGAACCUUAGAAUAUAAAUGUUUAUUAAAAUAAUAAAUAUUACAGGGUUCUAUGUACUAACAUAGAACCCUGCAAAUGUAGGGUUAUGUUGCUUUGUUUAUAAUUCAUUUUAAAACGUUUAUUGGAGCAGAUCAAGUGUUUGUUGAGAAGUUUAUUUAAAAAUAUAGCAUUAAAUAUGACUGAUAUUAGUGAUGGCUACGGUUAUGAUUCUGACCAAGACAAGGAAUAUACAUUACCUGAAAAAUCAAAAAAGAAAAAAGAAUGCAGAAUUAAAAUUCGUGGUCGUUAUAUUAACAUUCCAACCCGAUCCAGUAGCCGUGAAAGCGAAUGUGAAGAGUCAGACUUAGAAAGCCAUUUAACUAGAAACAAUCCUGGCUGCUCUACUAGCUCGUAUAAGGCUUCUAAUUCUGCAAUGCAAUUUAAAGUAAACAGCAAAACUGAGAUUAAAAAAUCUUCUCAUCCGUCUUCUGUUCAGCUGCAAACAAAUUUUAAUAGGUAAAAAAUUGUUAUUGUUUUAUUUGGUUUUUUAAAACGAUUUUUUUACAAGAUAUUAGCAAAUUUUAAAUUAUUUCCAACAAAGUUUUAAAUUCUUGUUUUAGAAAUAUUUCCGGUUGUUCCACUACGUUAACGCUAAACACCUCAAAACAAAAAGUGCCCUUAGUAAAAGAUGAUAAUAUUGAAGACCCUGAAACAGAGUAUUAUAAUUCUCAUAACACAGCAACCUCACAUGAUACUACGGAUUCUAAAGAAGAUAAUUUGAUAAAUGAGACAAACAAAAAGUUAACACGCAAAAGACAAAAAAAUACAUCCGAAUGGGCAAGCAAUAUAAGAAAAACUAAAUUUGAUCGGGGCCUUGAAUAUAUUUCUUCGCGAAAAAAGGUCGUUCCCGCCAGGGAGAUUAAAAACAAAAAAGAUUGUUUACAAAAAUGCUUAUUUAAAUGCUCUCGAAUAAUAAGCGAUGAACAACGAAAGGAGAUUUUUUAUUAUCUGCUUUCAGCUGUUGAAAAAAAGAACUAUAUUUUAAACACUACUAAAGUUGAUAGUCCCUGGCGGAGAAGGAAAGGAAAAAAGCCUGAUAAUUCAAGAAAAAAGAGAACCUUUAGAUAUUAUUUUGAGUUAAAUGGUCAACCAAUUCAAGUUUGCAAAGACUUUUAUACAGGAACUUUAUGUAUAAGUCAGAAACCAAUUUAUACAGCUCACAAAAAUAAAACGGUGACUAACACAUUGACUAAAAGUAUACAGGGAAAACAUCAGAAAAGGGUAACGUCACCUGAAGCUAUAGAUUUUGUUAAAGAGCACAUAAACUUGGUUCCUCGUGUGGAAUCACAUUAUUGUCGCAAGAACAGUAACAAAGAAUAUGUCGAAAGUGGAUUAAGCAUUAAAAAAUUAUAUGAACUUUAUGUGGAUUUGGCAAAAGAACGCGAAAAAGCUCCAGUUUCAUUUUCUGUUUAUAGGAAAACAUUCUGCAAUAAUUUUAACAUUGCUUUUCAUAAGCCACGCAAAGACAGAUGUGAUACGUGCGAGGAAAUAAAACUAAAAGAAAUAGAAAAUAAGAUGGAUGACAGUUUGGAAAAAAAAUAUGCUGAUCAUUUAAAUGAAAAAGAGUACAUGAGAAACGAAAAACAAAAAGACAAGGAUAGUGAAAUCCCAAUACUGUGCUUUGAUCUAGAAAACGUUUUAACAUGCCCAAAAGCUGACAUAAAAAGCUUUUUUUAUAAAAGUAAACUAAAUGUUUACAAUAUGACUGGACACCUCUCCAUAAGCAAAAAAGUAUACUGUGCUGUGUGGAGCGAAGCUUUACAUGGAAGAAAGGGAAACGACAUUGCAAGUGCGGUUUACAAAAUACUUGAUAAAGUUAUGCAGGACAAUCCAGAAUUUACAGAAAUUAUUUUGUGGAGCGACAGCUGCGUUCCGCAAAAUAGAAAUGGUCUCAUGAGUUAUGGCCUUAGUCACCUAAUUCAAAAACACAACAACCUAUCAAAAAUCACAAUGAAAUUUUCUGUUCCUGGUCAUGCUUGUAUCCAAGAAGUAGAUGCAAUCCACAGCUCAAUCGAAAGAUCAUUAAAUAAGGUAGAAUACUAUUCUCCUUCAUCUCUUUUACGAUACCUUUUAAAAGUAAACCUCCAUAAUCCAUAUACAAUUAUCCAAAUGAAACAAGAAGAUUUUAUAGACUUUCAGUCUUUUUUAAGCCAACUCAACUACAAUGCUGUGCCAUUUUCAAAAGUAGUUUCUUUGCAGUUUUCUAGAUCGUUUUUCGAACUCAAGUAUAAAGAUACCUUUAACCCCAUAGAAAAAUUUAAAUCUCUAAAUUUACAUCAAGGAAAAUUGAGAAAGGGGCAUGUUACAGCUGAAACAGAACAACUAAUUAUUCCACUGGAAUUAAAAAGAUGCGAUAAAGCUAUUCCCCUUGCAUCAAGUAAAGUGGAGGCAAUAAAGUCUAUGUAUAAAUGGAUUCCCAAAAUGGACAGGCAAUACUAUGAAAGUAUUUUUAGCCGUAAAUAAAAGUUAUAUGCUUUGCUGUGUAUGUUAAAUUAAAUACUAGUUUUGUGUUACAAAAUUCUAUGUUACAUUUGGAAAAAAGAAAAUUUAUUUUUGAUAUAACGGAAUCCUAUGUUUUUUUUCAAUAAAUUA